AUGAAGGAGGCCACUAGCAAGUUUACUCGUCUACACUACGAUGAUGCCCUUCAUCAUAAACCUAUGAAGGAGACAUGGACUAAGCUUCGCUCCGAUGCACGAACCCUUGAGUCUGAAAUUGACUCCAAACUAGCUGAAUAUGGCCGCCUCGGUGGCGCUACCUCUUGUGCGUCGCAUUCAGACUGGUUGCACGAGUAUAACGCUUCGACUGAAAAACUGCAGGGCCUCUUGAAUAGGUUAGGAGGCCUGGUCUCUGAGAUGGCUGGUAGUCCUCAGCAGGUGAACCGGAGCUACGCGAUUCAGCGCUAUCGCGAAAUACUCCUAGACUAUGAACAGGAGUUCAGACGUCUGAGGGACAACCUACUGGCUAACAGAGAACACUUUGAACUUUUGCGAUCGUGUGAUUAG